CUGGGCACUGACUGGCACACUGCUGGGCACUGACUGGUGGCACUGACUGGCAGCACUGCAUUGAUGGGCACAGGUGGGUGGCACUGGUGGGCACAGGUAGGUGGCACUGCUGGGUGGCACUGCUGGGCACAGGUGGGCGGAACUGGUGGGUGGCACUGCUGGGCACCGAUCAUCAGGGCACUGAUCAUCAGUGCCCUCAUCAUCGGUGCUGAUCCCUGCUCUGACAACUGCCAGUUCUCAGCAGUACUUUCCUGACUCUCUGACAGCGUGAGAAAAGUGUAGCCGAGAACCGGUGAU